GCGGCCCGUGACCCGGAUGCGGCCGCUCCGCGAGAUGGCGGCGGGUGCCGCGCGGUAGGCGACGCCGCCAUGGCGGACCUGGGCCGGCAGCUGCAGGAGUACCUGGCGCAGGCGAAAGCGGGCGGCGGCGGCGGCUCCAGCUCCAGUUCCAGUUCCAGCGCGGCCCCCGACGGCUGCUCGGGGGCCGAGGCGGCGGCGGCGGCCGGCGGCGGCGGCGGCUGGCCGUGGGCGGCCGAGGCGGACCCCUGGCUGCCGGGGCUGUCGCGCUGGCAGCGGCUGGCGGGCAGCGGGCUGUGCCUGCUGCUGGCGGCGCUGUGCUGGGCGCUGGCGGCGCUCUACGUACCGCUGCUGCUGCUGCGCGCCCGCAAGUUCGCGCUGCUCUGGUCGCUGGGCUCCCUGUGCGGCCUGGGCGCCGCCGCGCUGCUGCGCGGGCCCGGCCGCCUGCUGCGGGAGCCCGGCGGCGCCACGCUGCUCUACCUGGCCGCCCUGGGCGGCACCCUGUACGCGGCGCUGGCGCGGCGCAGCGCGGCGCUGGCGGUGCUGGGCGCCGCUGCCCAGCUGGGCGCCGCCGUCGCCGCGCUGCCCGGCGGCGCCGCCGGCCUGCGCCGCCUCGGCCGCCUGCUGGGCCCGGCGCUGCGGCGCCGCGCCGCCGCCGCGCUGCCCGUGUGA